GAGCACCUGAACACCAAAACGACAAAUAAGAAAAUCAUGAAUGAGAGAUCAUCUUUUUAUCCAAAGAGUCCAGGGCCAGCAGGCACUCAUGUCCCGGAAUUGGAGCCACUAGGUCAGGAAUGUGUACGACGCUCUAUCAAAAGACUCAAACCUCAACUCUCACAAAGAAUUAAGAGGCAAACUAGAUAUUGCUGGGCCAUAGAGUUGAUUUACACCAGUCAAAAAUGUUUUGGACUCUUAGUUAAAGAGUAA